CAGAUAUAGGUUUGGCGGGAAAAUGGCCUCCAAUAAUGAUCCUGGGAUUCUGAAAGCAGCAGAGCAAAUCUGGGGAAUGCUGGACGCAAUGGCUGCCAAAGAUCCACAAGAGUACAAAAAGUUUGUGAAGAAGCAAAUGGAGGAAGGCAAAGAGUAUUUAACUUCUCCUGUUUUUGCUUUUUGUCUAAAAUGUCCUAAAACACGCCACAAAGGUAAAGAGUGCACACUGUAUAUUAAUGUGUGCAGUUGGAACAGAGUACCCUAUCCUCCAACUGAUAACGACCCUAUACCUGUUAAAGGUGGAACUCUACGUCAUCAUCUCAACGACAAAAGAAAAAGAACCCAAAAUUCUGAGCUCCUCUACGAAUUAGCUUUCAAUCCACGUGUAACUGAAGAAUGCUCAAAGGACUUGCUGAUGUUUGAAAUGCUUAAGAACCUUUCGUUAGAUUUCACUGAAGACACUCUGAGUGUUCAUACAAAUCGUGAGGCUGUUACUAAAUCUAAUGAGCCAGUUGGACCUUUGGAAGACUUUCAGUCAUCUUUGGACGAGAGCAUGAGCCAUUUGCUACCAAAGGAAAGUGAGAUUGGUGACUCACUUUUCGAGAAACUCUCACAGCUACAUGUAUCAACGUCCAGUGAAAAUAAACAAGUAUUUUUACCAGAAUUGAAACUAAAGCAAGAAAAUGAUAAUGAAGCAAAGAAGAAACCAUUGAUAGAAGAGAUCGCUAGUUCUGUUAGCAAAAAGACUGCAGUCAAGAGACCCCAUUAUAUACUGGAGAAUAAUAAUGGACUAUUGAGGAUUGAUAUACAAUUGAAUGGAGUGAAAUCUGCAACUGACAUUGACCUUGAAGUAUCAAAUUCUGAUCUAGAGCUUUCAGUUGAACAUAUGUAUCACUUAUCUCUACCAUUUCCAAACCCUGUCCAUGAGGAUACUCUUAAAGCUAAGUUUAACAAGCAAACCGGACAGCUAACAUUAACUGUGAAAAGAUCUUAAAUGAAAAUAUUUAUAAUUGUGGACAUGUGGUUGUGUACAGUGUGCAAAAUAUCAAUUUGUUAAAUGGUAUCCAAGCA